UUUUUUUUCUUUCCUCAAUCUUACCAUGUCUGAUACUGAAGAUAUCCCUGAACUUAUUCCUGCUCAAGUACAACAAACUCAAUUCACAGUUGACGAAGAAAAGGAAGUCGAUAAACGAAAAAUACCUGUUACCAUUGUUACAGGUUUUUUGGGAAGUGGGAAAACAACCUUACUGAAUUAUAUUUUAACUGAAAAACACGAAAAGAAGAUUGCCGUGAUUCUCAAUGAAUUUGGUGAAAGUAGCGAUAUAGAGAAAUCAUUAUCAAUCAAUCAAGAUGGCUCUCUAUUUGAAGAAUGGCUCGAACUUCGAAAUGGUUGUCUCUGUUGUACUGUCAAGGAUAAUGGUGUGUUGGCUAUAGAAAAUUUGAUGAAAAAAAGUGGAAAAUUUGAUUACAUCUUACUGGAAACAAGUGGAUUAGCUGACCCUGGUCCUAUUGCAUCGAUGUUUUGGUUGGACGAUGGACUUGGUAGUGAUAUCUAUCUUGAUGGCAUCAUCACAUUAGUGGAUGCAAAGCAUAUCCGAGAGUACCUUGGAGAAGAAAAACAAGAUACUUCCAUCAAUGAAGCUCUCAAGCAGAUCGCUAUUUCUGAUCGUAUAGUGAUCAACAAGACAGAUUUGGUAUCAGCUACGGAAUUGGAUCAACUGGAAGAAGAUUUAUUGAGUGUGAAUGCUGUGGCAGAAAUCAUACGUACUGAACGAUCAAAGAUUCCUUUGGAUUUUGUUUUGAAUAUUGGUGCUUAUGAUGUCAAAAAUGUGGAUUCUAUUGCAAGACAAACUCAGAAAAUCGACGAACAUGGCAAAUCCCACGCUCAUCAAUUAAGUCAUGAAGUUCAAACCAUAUGUAUUCAAUUCAAUACGCAGCUUGACAGUUUAGAAAAAUUAGAAACUUGGAUUCAGACAUUACUAUGGGAACACGCUGUGCCUGAUGUCAAUACUGAAGUACAACAGGACUCUCAACUCACGGUACUCCGAUUGAAAGGAUUGGUGCAAAUACCCAAGAAUUAUCAUAGUAACAACAACAACAACAAUAAACAUUUGGUGAUUCAAGGUGUCCAAGAAUUAUAUGAUAUUCAACCAGGUUAUCGACAAGAAGAUAAUGUCCCUGCUAGUGAAAACAAGAUUGUACUGAUUGGACGGAACCUUCAAUCCGAUAAAUUGUUAUAUUCAUUUAUUCAAUGGUUAGAAUUAGAUUCUUCUUCUGUUCAUUUACUUUAAUAAACAAUGCUAGUUAUUAAUUUA